GCGGCUUGGCGCCCCGUUUGGUCAGUGGAGCCGGGCAGGGGUAAGAUGGCAAUCACUCCUAAUCCGGCCUAAGCAGCAUCGACGGCGAACCAACCACCAUGGCCAAGAAACUGCCGGCGUCGACUGGACGAGACCGGACUCAACUCAGGGCAACCACGACUGGCACUCCAAGCCACCGGCGCAUCUCUGCCGCUAGGCCCGAAUUGGUGGUCUUCGCCGUUGCCAUGCCCCGUUGGGAGGCUCCGGACGCCACGACUCCAUUCUCCCCCGCAUCAUGGCGUUCCCCAGAUUUACCCUUCAUUGUGGAGGAUACAAGAGGAACAAGAGAGGAUCCAAAACGCCAGCCUCGGUUUCUUCCCUCCUCUCAGCCUGGGCAUUCUUAGCCCUCCCGCGAGUCCCGCUCUCUCCCGAUUCACGGAAACAAUGAUGAUGGACUG